GAAGAAGACUGGAUACUGCAAAUUGACACCUGCCUUCCCCUGUGCUCCAAGCUACCUUCUCAAAGUUACAUCACAAGAUGUUUUCUGCCUUCAAUUUACAUCACCUAAUGUAGGAAGUCGGAGAAAUAGAACAAAAUGGCCAGUUUUCCCACUUUAAUGUUUAGAAUUGCUGUUGUUUUCCUUUUUCUCUUCCACACAAUUUCCACGGCAGUUAAUAGAAUUGAUCCAUCGGAAUCUAUAAGCGAUGGCACGACUUUGGUUUCUAAAGAAGGAACCUUUGAGCUUGGUUUCUUUACUCCAGGAAAUUCUACGAACCGUUAUGUGGGAAUUUGGUACAAGAACAUCCCAGUUCAAAGAGUCGUUUGGGUCGCAAACCGCUGCAACCCCAUAAAUGAUUCCUCUGGCUUGUUGACCAUAAGCAACACAGGCAAUCUUGUGCUUUUGUCUCAGAAUAAGAGUGUUGUGUGGUCAACAAACUCAUCGAAACAAGCCCAAAAACCAAUAGUAGAGCUUCUAGAUUCUGGAAAUCUUGUACUAAGAGAUGGGGAAGAUAGAAAUAGGGAGACCUAUUUGUGGCAAAGCUUUGACUAUCCCUCAGAUACAAUGUUGCCAAACUUCAAAUUCGGGUGGGAUUUGAGGACGGGUCUUAAGCGGCGUGUCUCGGCUUGGAAUAGUUGGGAUGACCCUUGUCCUGGAGAUUUCACUGUUGGGUUUGAGUUUGAUCCACAACUUCAUACGUUCCCUGAAGCUUAUUUCCGGAAAGGCUCAGCAAAGUUCUACCGCUCCGGACCUUGGAAUGGCAUUCGUUUUAGCGGCUCACCGGAAAUAAGGGAAAACCCACUUUAUAGUUUCGAGUUUGUAUAUAAUGAUGAUGAGGUGUAUUACACAUACAACCUCAAGAAUAGGUCCGUGAUCUCAAUAAUAGUUAUGAACCAAACCACAAGUCUUCGUGAGCGCAUUAUCUACAUAGAGGCGGAUCAAACUUGGAAGCUUUACUCAUCAGUACCUAGAGAUGACUGUGAUAAGUAUGGUGUCUGUGGAGCCAAUGCGAAUUGUAUUAUAAACAACAAUCCGAUCUGUCAAUGCCUAAGAGGAUUCAAGCCCAAGUCUCAAGAGAAAUGGAAUUUGAUGGACUGGUCGGAGGGAUGUGUACGGAAUAAUCCAUUGAACUGUACAAAGAAAAAUGAAGAUGGGUUCAUCAAAUUUUCGGAAUUGAAAGUGCCAGAUACAACACAUUCUUGGGUGAAUAAGAGUAUGAAUUUAGAGGAAUGCAGGGCCAAAUGUUUAAGCAACUGUUCUUGCACGGCGUAUACAAACUCCGAUAUCAGAGGGCGAGGCAGUGGUUGUGCCAUCUGGUUUGGUGAUCUGAUGGACAUCAGGCAAUUUUCCAGUGGUGGACAAGAUCUAUUUAUACGCAUGCUAGGUAUGAAAAAACGAAAAGCUGAUAGUAAGAUGAGAGCAGUGCUGAUAGUGGCUGCUGCCAUUGGUGGUUUUUCUGGGUUGCUCCUACUUGGCUAUUGCGUUUGGAGGAGAGCCUCAAAAGAUAGAAUUCAAACAAUAAGUCAAGAUGGAGACCAAGAUGAAGACAUGGAACUUCCUUUGUUCAACCUAUCUUCUAUAACAGCUGCCACUGAAAAUUUUUCAAUGGACAAUAAGCUUGGAGAAGGCGGUUUCGGACCCGUAUAUAGAGGUAAGCUAGAAAAAGGACAAGAAAUUGCAGUCAAGAGGCUGUCAAUAAGUUCUGCACAAGGAGUAAAAGAGCUAAAAAAUGAAGUAAAACUAAUUGCCAAGCUUCAACAUCGAAAUCUUGUGAAGCUUCUUGGUUGUUGCAUUCAGGAAGAAGAGAAAUUGUUGGUUUAUGAAUAUAUGCCCAACAAAAGCCUCGACUCUUUCAUUUUUGAUCAAAAGCAAGGAAAAGGACUCGAAUGGUCAAAGCGCUUCCACAUCAUAUGCGGAAUUGCUCGAGGACUUCAAUAUCUUCACCAGGAUUCUAGAUUGAGAGUAAUACAUAGAGACCUCAAAGCCAGUAAUGUUUUGCUUGACAAUGAGAUGAAUCCCAAAAUUUCAGACUUUGGCUUAGCCAGAAGUUUUAGAGGAAACCAAACUGAAGAAAAGACAAACAGAGUAAUCGGAACCUAUGGCUAUAUGGCACCCGAAUAUGCAAUUCAUGGCUUAUUCUCAGUAAAGUCAGAUGUCUUUAGCUUUGGUAUAUUAGUGUUGGAGAUUGUAAGUGGAAAAAAGAGCACAAGCUUUCACCUUCAAAAUCAUGGCCUUACCCUCAUUGGACAUGCAUGGAAAUUGCGUAAAGAAGGAAAGUCAAUUGAAAUGCUUGAUAAGCACUUAAGGGAAGCAGAACACAAUGUAAAACAAGUGUUGCGUUGCAUUCAUGUUGGGCUAUUAUGCGUGCAACAAAGUCGGGUCGAUAGACCAGACAUCUCGUCUGUGGUUGUGAUGUUGGGAAGUGAUAGUGAGUUACCUCAGCCCAAACCACCCGGCUAUUUCCUAGAGACGGAUUCAGAUAAAGGCGACCUUCCCUUUACAGAGCUUGCAUCAUCUUCAAAAAAUGAUAUGAGCAUUUCACAGCUUGUAGCACGAUAAGGUACAAUUAUAGCAAACUUUUUUGCAAGAUCUACCACAUUAUUAUAUAUAAUGUCUGACUGAUGAAUGAUCCGUUCUCUCUUGAUUCACAGUAGGCUAUUUCAAUGAUAUUACCUAUUUGUUCUCAUGUUUUUGGUAGCCAAAACCACCAGGCUAUUUCAUGGAAAUAGAUUCUCAAGAGAUUAUGCCUAAUUUAUUUUCUAAAAACAGUGACCGCAACAACACUUGAGGCCUAUUGCAUGAUCAUAGCAACAUGUUUUUGUCGUGUUGUAUGUGAUAGUGAUAAAAUCAUGAAAAGAUCGGGACUGGUGAUCAACUGGAUAUGCUAUAUUUACUAAGCAGUGCCGUGUAGUAUCUAAUAACUCAACAGAGUACGCUUACC